CGCAGCGCAAAAUGUUCGUUUAUUUGGUUGCAGUUAAUUGAAAAUUUCAUGCUUUGCUAAGAAAAGGUAAUGGCAAUCAAUACCCGUUAGGUCAGAACUAACGCUACGUUACAUGCAGGUAAGCUAUAACCAAUGGCAAUUACAGACUAGGUGAAAUGAACUAGCGUGCAGGACAGGAGGAGAAUGUCAACAAGAAAUCUGCCCUGUCAGCCAACUAUCACAGUUACCAAUCACGUUGCGGAAUUCAUUGAUAUCGAAUUAUUCUAAUGGACACUACCUGCCACUUCGUUUGGAAUGUACAUUUUGAAUUGGUUUGUGUGAAUAUUCAAAAGGUUUGGCGUUAAAAGCGGAUUGGGGUCAUCAAUCGUGAUCUCAGAGGCAUAAACGUGAAUAAUCUGGCCGUAAAUAAAAUGGGUGGUUAUGGCUUGGUUGGCUUUGAUUGAAAGGAUUACCAAGGGACAUCAAUGACACUUGGCUUAUUGUCCAGAAGACGCUCUGAUAGAUAUUCUUGUGUGUCCGUUUAGGCACGCUUAUUAGAAUAUUCACCACAACUGUGUAUCAGUUGUCGAGUCAACAGACGGUCAUAGGCCUAGGUUCUCAUAGGACAAAAUCAUGGAGGAAGGGACCACAUCGUCCCCGGCUAAGCCGGAGGGUGACGGAGACAAGAAAAAGGAUUCUGUGUGGAGUGUAACACCAGCACCGUCAGACAACCUAACGGAAGAGCAAAUCGCAGAAUAUCGCGAAACUUUCGCCUUAUUCGAUAAAGACCGAGACGGGUACAUUCAUGUGAAUGAUAUGGCCCCCGCCAUCCGAUCACUUGGGCAGAAUCCGACGGAGACAGAAAUCGCAGAGAUGAAAGUAUCGGCAGAUAAAGAACAUACAAACACUGUAGACUUUCCCGAGUUCCUCAGCUGUAUGUCAAAGAGAGCUGGCUUUCAAGACACCGAAGACGAUUUAAUAGAAGCAUUUAGUGUAUUUGAUCGCGAAUGCAUUGGGAAGAUCAGUGCACCGGAACUUCGACACGCCAUGACAACACUGGGGGAGAAGCUGAACGAUGAACAAGCGGACCAACUCAUACAAGAUGCUGACACGGACGGAACGGGACAGAUAGACAUUAAUGCUUUCAUCAAACUGAUAUUGGAGUUAAAGUGAUAUAGACACCACCGCUGUAUACACUGACAAUAUUGUUAUCGAACGAUCAUGAUUGUAUGACUCUGUUGUACAUGUGUAUUGCUGUGUAUUGAUUCUCCUCUCUGGUCUCGAUAAGAUACAAAGCGGAAAGGUUGGGCUUCACAUUAUGGGAUAUCGUACAACCAAAAUUUGGCCGCACGGCACCUUCAGGCAAGGAUUCGCGUUAUCCAGUCAAGGUCCAAAGGAUACGUUUCCGAAAGAGAAACAUUAAGUGAUUUUGUCAGUCGAAUGUCGUCAGUACCUAUUAGUGCGAUAUGCCAUCCCACUGACAGUGAUUGAGCGAAGAGAUGAAUGUUCAACACGGUCCAUGGAAUCAUUACAUCCCGGAUAAAGAUUGUGUCCCGACCAAGACGGACUCCCUCUGUUUUGAUUUCCACAAUAUUUCCGCAUACAUGAGUUACGAUGCCACACCAUUUGAUGCAGUGAGAUGAACUAUGAACUUUGCCCACUGUUUGUUUGAUUUCCGCACUUUUCGUUGUAAUACAUACCAGUAGUGGAUUGGAUGGUGUCUUUUUGUUUAGUUGCAAAUGGCUGUGCAAGAAAACAUGGUUUAUUGUUAUUUUACCUUUUCAAAUAUUAUACGAGAUAAUAAAACUUA